UCCACCUCCCCCUUUUUAUACUCUACACACACACACACACACACCGGCGUGAAAUCCAACUACUCAACUCGGAAGCUAGCGGUAGAAUCAACCCAAGCCACCCUUUCAUACACAAAGCAAUUAUUGGGGGACAUAACAGGCAUGGGGUGCCGGAGCCUGCAGCGUACCUACGCAGUUUUCAAAGUGGACCGAGCUUGAAGCCAUUCCUUGUAUUUAAAGGUAUCCGGAUAUCCAGUGACCCAGUGUAGACCGUUCUACGGACAUUUCCUUGCUGUUUCUCGAGUGAUUUUUGUUUUUGGCACAAUGGGGUGCUGCAGCGGCCGAUGCACGCUCAUCUUUCUCUGCUCGAUUCAGCUGAUGGUGGCGUUGGAGAGGCAGGUUUUUGACUUCCUGGGAUACCAAUGGGCGCCCAUUCUGGCCAACUUCUUCCACAUCAUCAUUGUCAUCCUCGGCUUCUUCGGCACUAUACAGUACCGACCACGCUACAUUGUAGUGUACACAGUGUGGACAGCUCUCUGGGUGGCCUGGAAUCUCUUCAUCGUCUGUUUCUACCUGGAUGUGGGAGGCCUGACCAAGGAAAGUGACCUGCUGACGUUUGACAUCUCGGCUCACCACUCGUGGUGGAGGGAGCACGGUCCAGGGUGUGUGAGGAGAGAGAUGACCCAGCCAGGGGUGGGCACCGUGGACAGCCAGUCUUACAUCUCUGUCAUGGGCUGUCUCAUAGAGUACCAGUACAUAGAGGUCCUACACAGUGCAACACAGAUCCUCAUCGCUCUCCUGGGCUUCGUGUACGCCUGCUACGUCAUUAGCGCCAUCACUGAGGAGGAAGACAGCUUUGAUUUUGUUGGUGGAUUUGACCCCCUCCCUCUCUACCAUGUCAAUGAGAAACCAUCCCAUCUCCUCUUAAAGCCCAUGUACCUGUCUACGUAAAUAGGGCAGAAGGCAACAUUGCAGGUUCCGAUGGAAACAAAGUGGCCGCUCUGACUGACACAACAACCGUCCGAGAAUUCACUGGGGCAGGCCAGACAUUCCUCUGGUUCUCUACAUCUCUUCAGUCCUUCAAACAUGUAAAUUCCUGGUGCUCUGCUUAAUGAUGACUGUACCUCCCAGUUCUGUUGUUAGUGGGAGGGAAGGAGAGGAUAGGGUUGGGGGAUGGGGAGGGGGUAAUUACAGUGUAACAUGGGCCUGAUCUCUUACUGUGUACUCGAAUAUAAAUUAUUUAUCUAGAACUACAAACGGCAUCCGACAACAGAGACGUACAGUACCAGCUGUCAAUGGCUGUAUUUCUGUCCAUUGUUCUAGCAGGACUAGUGAUCUAUCUAUAGAUCAUAGCUAUAUAUACAGUACCAAUCAAAAGUUUGGACACACCUACUCAUUCAAGGGGUUUUCUUUAUGACUAUUUUCUACAUUGCAGCAUAAAAGUGAAAACAUUGACGCUUUGAAAUAACACAUAUGGAAUAAAUUAGUAGCCACCCUUUGCCUUGAUGACAGCUUUGCACACUCUCACAUUCUCUCCACCAGCUUCACCUGGAAUGCUUUUCUAACAGCCUUGAACGUGUUCCCACAUGCUGAGCACUUGUUGGCUGCUUUUCCUUCACUCUGCAGUCCAACUCAUGCCAAACCAUCUCAAUUGGGUUGAGGUCAGGUGAUUGUGGUGGCCAAGGCAUCUGAUGCAGCACUCCAUCACUCUGCUUCUUGGUCAAAUAGCCCUUACACAGCCUGGAGGUGUGUUGGGUCAUUGUCCUGUUGAAAAACCAAUUAUAGUCCCAAUAAGCUUAAACCAGAUGGGAUGACGUAUUGCUGCAGAAUGCUGUGGUAGCCAUACUGGUAAAAAUAGUGCCUUGAAUUCUAAAUGAAUCACUGACAGUGUCACCAGCAAAGCACCCCCACACCUCCUCCUCCAUGCUUCACGGUGGGAACCACACACGUGGAGAUAUUCCAUUCACCUGCUCUGCAUCUCACGGCGGUUGGAACCAAAAAUCUCUAAUUUGAUCUCUUCAGACCACCGGUCUAAUGUUGAUUACUCGUGAUUCUUGGCCCAAGCAAGUCUCUUCUUAUUAUUGGUGUCUUUUAGUAGUGGUUUAUUUGUAGCAAUUCGACCAUGAAGGCCUCAUUCACACAGUCUCCUCUGAACAGUUGAUGUUGAGAUGUGUCUGUUACUUGAACUCUGUGAAGCAUUUAUUUGGGCUGCAAUUUCUGAGGCAGUUAACUCUAAUGAACUUAUCCUCUGCAGUAGAGGUAACUCCGAGUCUUCCUUUCCUGUGGCGGUCCUCAUGAGAGCCAGUUUUAACAUAUUGCUCUAUAUUUUUUGCGACUGCACUUGAAGAAUCUUUAAAAGUUAUUGAAUUUUUCCAGAUUGACUGACCUUCAUGUCUUAAAGUAAUGAUGGACUGUCGUUUCUCUUUGCUUAUUUGAGCUGUUCUUGCCAAAUAUGGACUUGGUCUUUUACCAAAUAGGGCUAUCUUCUGUAUACCACACAACUGAUUGGCUCAAACGCAUUAAGAAGGAAAGAAAUUCCACAAAUUAACUUUUAAAAAGGCUCACCUGUUAAUUGAAAUGCAUUCCAGGUGACUAGCUCCUGAAGCUGGUUGAGAGAAUGCCAAGAGAGUGCAAAGCUGUCAUCAAGGCAAACGCUGGUUACUUUGAAGAAUCUCAAAUAUAAAGUAUAUUUAGAUUUGUUUAACACUUUUCUUACUUACUACAUGAUUCCAUGUGUUAUUUCAUAGUUUUUAUGUCUUCACUAUUAUUCUACAAUAUAAAAACACUUGUAAAGGAAACCCUGGAAUCAGUAGGUGUGUCCAAAUGUUUGACUGGUACUGUAUAUAUGUAUAUACACACACACUUAAACUUGUGUGAACCCGACAGUUCAUCCUUCCUUCUGUUCUCUGGUCUGAAAGGCCUCGCUGUCUGUGGCUUUGUGGUUUGGAGUGUUAUUAUGGCUUGGUCACAGAUCCUCUUAGGCUGAAUUACAGUUGAGCCUGUUGGAAUGGAAUGAACUAUUGUGUUCUGCUGUUUACUUGAGGCCAGGAUCUGUGCACAUAAAUACACAGGAAAAGCAGUAAGAGGUAGGGAGGGAAGGGGGAAAGGAGUGGGAGACGGGGAGGGAGGGAGGGAGGUAGGGAAACAAAGCAACCAAACCUACAGGGGCAUCAGUCAAAAAUAGAACCAGAGGAAAAAAAGAUGGAAAAAGACUGAGUCAGGGUUUUGAAAUGCAAACUAAACAACAACAACCUCAUAACAGAGAUAGCUUAAGGUAUUACAGUAACAGGCAAUAAUGUUUGAGUCUUUGUUCAUCUAGUCUUACUCACAGUGAUGUGACUGGUUAUGAUAUACAGUGUUUCAGUAGACUUAAUCUGUAAACUGUAGAGCGGGAUGGAAUGAAAGGAAACAGUUAAUGGUGUGGAGCUUUGAGGUUUGUGUCAGGAUUUAGAUGUGUCUUAAAGCCCCUGUCCAAAAACCCAACUGCCUCCAACUACUGUGAGGGUUUGUGUGUUUGACAGUUGAUCAUAAGUCAUACACUGUGUGGCCCCCUGUAUUUUCUAUCCAGAAUAGUAUGAUAUGAGAGGUAGUUUGUCUACAUUUCCCCUCCAUACAAAGGUAUUGAAUAGCAAAGCAAGAGAGCAGAGCCAUAGUGUACACCACCUGUUUUCUCUAUCAUUCCAUCUAUAGAUCGAUGAUUCAACUGUGAUACAUUUUAGUCCUUUUUUCAUAGCAUGUUUGAAUGGGUUUUGUAUAACUGUGGAUAUUCUGUAUUAUACGGUAAUAAUCUAUUGUAUGUUUGGGUCUCUGUGGGUUUGGGGAGCAGUUAUCCCACAAUCCAUAGACAUAAACUAUUUUGUCCAAACUUUAAGAUGGGGGCGUAUUUGGACUUAGUGUUACAGAGUGUGUAACUGCCUGGGUCUUUGGCUGUGUCCCUUUAUGAGUAGAAUGGAGUUGCCACUAGACACUAAUCUAAGGUGAGUUUUGGGUUUCAUCCCUCAUUAAGAUUUGAGAAGGGGCGACUGAUCAUAGAUCCGUGCCUAAGAGCACCUCAUCUCCCUGGACUGUCCACUUUCUGCCUUAAUCUUCCUGUGUAUCAUUACUGCCCCCUGCUGUUGAAUGUAGUCAUGUACACAUUCAAAUACUACUGAAUAUGUUGUGGUUUUUUUACCUUUAUUUGACUAGGCAGGUCAGUUAAGAACAAAUUCUUAUUUUCAAUGACGGCCUAGGAACAGUGGGUUAACUGCCUGUUCAGGGGCAGAACGACAGAUUUGUCCCUUGUCAGCUCGGUGAUUCGGACUUGCAACCUUUCGGUUACUAGUCCAACGCUCUAACCACUAGGCUACCCUGCCGCCCCCAUGUUUCUGUUCUGGACUUCAACAAAGCCCUCUGCUUUGUCAUUUAGGGUUUCAUGGCAUACUGUUUAUUGAUAAGAUAUAAUACACCGUUUGGGUUAUUGGCCUACUGGACCCCAUAGAAAGGUUACCACCCUGCAUGUAUGUAUGAAGCCUAUAUCUCACUGUAUACUUCUUUAUCUCCAUGCUAUCCACUCAGUCUUAUACCUGACGCCGUUCAGAAGAACAAAUGUACUUCUUAGUUCCAACUGAAGCCUCUACAUUCAUUUGCAUUUAUUUGUAUCAUUUGUCUUGAUGCAAUCUGCUGUGGCAUGAAUGUGAUGAAUACCCUUGUUAAAUCAAAGCUUGUUUUCUGCUUAAUCAAAAGAGCCUUGAACACAGCACGUAUGGAGACUGGAAUUUGGUUCAGUCUCAUUGUUUCCAACACCUUAUCCCCUUGUGGGCUUGAUAGACAGGCUUCUGAGCUGAUGUUAUGAAAUACACAGCUGUCUCUCAACUGAUAUUGGCUUCAUAUGAAUGCGUUUGCAGAACAGUGGUAGUGGCUUCAGUGAUGGUGCAAAAAUAAUGAUUGUAAACCAUGGGCCUUGUUCCAAAUGAUAUCCUGAAGUAGUGCACUAUAUAGGGAAUAAGGUAUAAUUUGAGGUGUAAAUGUAACAUUUCAGGACAGUGCAAUGUUACAGAAGAUUCAGAUAUAGAUGUAUUGUGCAAUAGACAUCAUUCUGUCAUAGAUAAUGCCAGCUCUAUGCAUUACAUUUCUAUCUGUAAUACUCUGUUGCACUCCAAUGAAUAAACCCCAAGCUUAUCAAUACCAAGCCAUGGCUGCCUGUCAAUACUUAUGAACAAAGGACCAGAUACACUUUAUGAACUGUAGCCAGGAUCAUUACCGACAGCGAACACACACUGCACAUUAUGUCUUGAUAAAAAAAAUAUCUUUAGACACCUAAAAUAAUUUGAUUUACAGGAACAGUUUUUUUUUCCUUUCAAUGCAAAACAGCCUCUGCAACAGGGAAUGGAAGAGCCUGACAUUGGUUAGUUGGAGCCUAUUGUGGUCAUGUAAUGGAUACCACUGGAAAAAAAGUCCACUUUGUAGAUAAUUGUUUUUCUAUUUGUAUUUGUCUUUAUUUUGUAUCCUCUGUAGUCCUCUUCAUGUGACUCAAUUAUGUAAUCAUAUUUGUCCAGACCUGUGCUGUGUUUAAUAGUGUAAAUAUCAGUUUGUUAAUAAACAAAUGUUGUACUUUUUCUCCCCAA